CGCUGGCAAACUUAAAAAUGUUGUAAUAUUACGAUUAGAAUGAUUUUGAAUGAAUACCUAAUUACGCUGCUUGAAAGGAAAUUUUUAAAAUGAUAAGUGGUGUGUAAAUUUGAAAAAUGUAAUUUUUCUAACUGUAUUUUUACUCCCAAAGUGCCGGAUACUGGACGAGGUAUACGGCCACUACGGCUACAGCGGACUCCCACAGACAUCCGGUUUUUUCGUAUAGUUAGCUGAUAAAAAUUACAUCCCAAAAGAGAAUAAAGAGUAUGUGAACCGGCAGUAUAUUACUGAAAUUCACGUAAGCUUAUUUCAUGCAGAUAUAGCCAAUAAUUGUGGCUCUGUAUACUGCUGUUAUUAAUCAGCGGUCUUCAAUGUGGACGUACGGAAUAGGAUCGACCAAUCAGAAUAUUCGGUGGAUUGGUACGCGGGAUAUGAGCAGCUUGUCAAGCGCAACCUGACUCUGCUCCCCCAUCAGCAAACCGCCCAGCAACCGCAGCCCCAGCAGCAGCAACAGCAGCAGCAGCUGGUUCACCCCCAACAAGCUGACAUCAUGACAUCGAUGUUCGAACAACAGAUCAAAAGCGAGCCAAUGGGAUUUUAUUCGGUUGCCUCAAGCCGUUCAGAUGGUUCAAAUUCAAUGGUCAAUUUAUCGGAUGACCGAGAAGAACUUUCUCAGCAAGAAGCUCACUUGCAGCCUCAACAGCAACAGACUCUGCAACAAACGCUGCAGCAACAUCAACAGCAGCAGCAGCAACAGCAGCAACAGCAACAGCAACAGCAACAACAGCAGCAGCAGCAACAACAGCAGCAAGGUCAGCCGGGACCUCAGGUUCCGCAAGGCCAAGGGGUACCGCAGACAGCUCCGACACGUCAGUCAACGGGUCAACAAACAGUGAAGGAGGGAUCACGUUCUAAACCGCAAGCCUGUAAGGUCUGUGGAAAAGUCUUAUCUUCAGCAUCGUCGUACUACGUUCACAUGAAGCUUCAUUCGGGAAAUAAACCUUACCAUUGUACGGUAUGCGAGGCAAGUUUCUGUCGCAAACCGUACUUAGAAGUACACAUGCGAACACAUACAGGCGAACGGCCGUUUCAAUGCGAAUUGUGCCUAAAACGGUUCACCCAAAAAAGCAGCUUGAAUACCCAUAAGCGGGUUCAUACCGGGGAACGACCUUACGCCUGCGAUAUUUGCCAAAAACGUUUUGCCGUCAAGAGCUACGUUACUGCUCAUCGCUGGAGUCAUGUAGCAGAAAAACCUCUGGUGUGCGAUCGAUGCUCACUUACGUUUACAUCUAAGAGCCAAUUUGCAAUCCAUAUUCGUACUCACACUGCGAGUACUACGUACGAAUGCAAUAUAUGCGGUCGCACUUUCGUGCGUGAUAGCUAUCUGAUUCGGCAUCAGAAUAGAGUACAUCGCGAUUUGAAUCAGGGCAGCUCGAACCACAAUCCGACGACUCCCCAAAGUACCGGUGGCGGAGGCUCUACGACUGGAUUUGAAAGUCCUGUCUGUGAUCUGCGCUACAGCGAAGGUCCGUCAUCCUUGGAUCCAUUGGGGGGAACAAAGGGUGGCAUCGCCGCCGAAAUCGCUAGCCUAACUAAGCAAAAUAGCUUACAGCUACCUCUUCCUCUACUUCACCCGCAGACAACCAACUAGUGUUUAGAUACCAGCGCGUCUCAGCCCUUGCAAUUGCAACAACCUCCACAGCAAGUAGCGUGUUCUGCCUCGGCGUGUACGCCGUUUACACUUAACCCGCCACUGUCGCACGAGCACACCACACCACAGAGUGUCUACCAAACUACGGGACUUGCUACUAUGGAUACGGCGAGCUCUCGCUUCUAUUCCCAUAUUCCUUUAACUCCUUCGGAAUCGCAUCAUCACACGCAUCAUUCGCAUCAGCUCCAUAGACCUAUUCCUCCACCUGGUCUUCAUCCUGCGCUUUAUCUCUAUGCCCAAUAUAGCAAUACCAGUGCUCCUUUGGCAUAUCCUGAGUAUACCCAACCCAGCAAUUGAAAUUGAGUUUAUGCUAGCAUUAUACAGUGCCACUCCGUUAUAUUGCGGUCUUCGGGGCUGUAGAGGAGGAGAACCGCGUUAUAAAUAGUUCCCCUACUUUGCGCAGCGCCACUGCUGUAGGACGGCUACUGCUUACUCGCGCAUGAUCACGUAGUAUGGGUGGGAUUGCAUAGUAAUCAAGUGAGAUAACUUAAUGUGCAUGAGCGGCUGGUAGGGGAAUGAGCUUCGAGGAAUAUUUACCAACCGCGAUAUAUCGAGGUGGCACUGUACUCAAUUCUGAUGUUAGUUGAUCCCAAUCAUGUUCUCAAAAAUAUUAUUCUGGUUUAGUUUUUUUUAUAGGGCAGCUACAUUGGUUGGAAAAACUAGAUUCGCAAUUGUGCACAGAUUUACAAAACUAACUUCCUAAUUUUUCAAGUAUACUUUAACAAUCUGUGUUUAAAUUUAAACAAAGGGUAACGUGUAAAUAAAAAAGUAGUCAUUUUUUUUAUAUCAUACUAUGAGAUCUACAAAUAAGGCCUUAUUAUAAUAAUUGUUAAUGUUUCGAGAAAUUUUUUUCUUAAAUACAAUUCUUGUUCAAAGUCAAAUUGUUACUAUGGAAAUUUUGUAUAGAAACCUUAACUUGGAAUACUUUUAUCAGCUCGACUCCUACAGGCUUAAGAAUUUUAAAAGUUCCUCUUAUUAAUUUUCAACUUAAAAUAUCUAGGCUCCGACUUUUUACAUUGAAUUGAUUGAGUAGUGUAUCAGAGUAAUAUGGUGAAAAGUGUGUAGUCAGAUUUAAACUUGUCAAAAAAUUCUACUUUAUUUAUAAGAUGUAAAAAAUCGAUAAGAGAAAUUGACAAUGACUAUAGAUUGUUUUAUUAUUUUGUAUAAGUGUCGGAUAGUCUGAUAAAUUUUAUUAGACUUUUCUCGGACUGCUGUUGCGUUUUGCGACAUUAUUUCCAUGGCACCUAUAAGAAAUUUGGAUACAGAAAUUUUACUCGUUGUUGGAAGUAUCAUAUAGGUAUAUAAUUUGGUAAUACGUUCAGUUAACCAACUGUUUAGCCUUAAAGUUAAUUUUCUACAUACAUAUAUGUUAUGUAAAUUGCACUGAUUAUGGUCGUCAAUAAUUUUAUCAGAAAUGAGAAACAUAUUUUACAUAAAAUAUGGGCUAAAUUUUAUCUUGAAAACGUAAUGUCCCCAUUACAUAUUUGAACACAUUUAUAUCUUUAUAGUUCCAGACAUUUUCGUGUUGGUCAAAGAUGGUCGAAUAUUUUAGUUCCUAUGGAAUCAACUGUCGACAGACACUGCAACAGUGAAAAUCAAUAUUAUGAUUUAUGAAUAAUAAAUAAUAAUAUCAUUGAUAAUAACAGUUGAUAAAUAAGUAUUAAAAUAUGUAAGCACGCUCGAAUAAUAUCAAUGAAUAAAACUCAAGCUAAAUAUAAUUAUUUCGAAAUUUUCUUUACAUGUGUCCAUUUCAAAAAAAUAAUAUCUAGAACAACUCAAUUUUUUGCUUGAUUAUUCUAAUAUUUGAUUUGAGUAAAAAAAUUUUUUUAUAUGAAUAUGAUAUGAAUUUGAAAAGAUUUUUGAAUGCUAGCAUAAACUGACUUAAAAAAAUAACUGGUCACUUCCAUUACGCCAGCACGCUUCUUUUAACUUUCCCUUAACAUACCACAUCUGCGACUACAUAAUAAAAACAAUCAUCAUACAUAUUUAUAUUAUAUUCUUAAAGAGUUUUAGUCACUUGAAUCUGUGAUAUAGAUAGUAAUUAUUGUCUACAAGAUUGAAACAUUGGUUUACUAUUUUAAUGUCAAAAAGAAAAUGAAUUUCAUGAAGCGGUGUAGCUAAUCGACCAAGCAAGAAUUUUUGGUCUCUACCGAAGGUGUUUGGUAGACACCCUACUAUUACUUUUAAACACACAAACGAACACACGUUUAUUCAGUAGAAUACUUGACACUUCUAUACUAGUGGGGCUGAUGUACACAGAGAAGUCAUGGUUUCUUUGGCUUUAGACGCUUCAUGGGCUCUCUUUGUGCACACUGUGGGUAUACGACAUUUUUCACAAAACGAAAAGGAUAUUCCUGUUAGGAAAUGAAGGUAGCUUGGUAUACCACGACUUUGAACUUUCAUUCUGUCCCAUAGGCGUACUUACUUUCUACAUAUCGAAGCUUGUUGUAAAGAAAAUAUGUAUAUAAAAUCAAUUAACGAGGAUGUUAUGGCGGGGCUGUUAAUUUGAACACUAUUAGACUUAGUUUAAUGACUAACACGGCUUAAAACAAGCAGAGGAGCCAUGACAAUCGCGAGAAUGCCCGUAAAUAUUAAUCGCGGUUAAUUGGGUAGUGAGUUGGUACAAUAACUUGUUACUAUUUAUCAAUAAGUAAUUUUGAGUAACUAUAAAAAAACAUUGUAUUAGUGUGCCUCGAACAAUUAGGUCUGUUUCGGCAAUUUAGUUGCAAACUGCGUGUGUAUGGCCAAGGCUUUCAAUUCCAUGAGAGAUGGAGUCAUCUGGCAAGACUGAUUACUGGAUCAUAAAAUUUGCAAAAGUAAGAAUAUGAGUAUAAAAAGAAGAUAAUGAUCUUUAUAUUGGCUAGUCAAUGUGCAGCUCUAAUAAGACAAAGUACUACUAUGCUGUGAUUAAAGCCUAUAUGGACAUGCCCACGCAGGCCCUAGCUAGUGAUAUACGUUAUAAUCUAUUAUUAAUAUGUAGCUAGUAGUAGAACUACCUAAAUUUUCAUAUUAAUUGGUCGGAUCUGAAGAUGUUUUAGGUAACACGUUUAUCUAAUUACAUCCAAAACACACACAUUGUGGUUGGAAGAUAUUUGGUAAUACUGAUCAUUUUAAUAAUAAAUUUAUAGGAAUCUUUAUUUUGGCAAACAUCAAAAUAAUAUGUAUUUUUAAUAAAAAAAAGAAAAGAAAAGAUAAGGUCCCUUCUUAUAAAGAGCACUUGGACCAAGAAAUUCUGAAAGGCUUUUAAAGCUAUAUCUGAAGAUCAAGAUUAGUAUGUUGGAAAUUUUGUUGAUAGAAGAACAAUUAUUUAUUUUUAACUAUUUGCUCUGUGAAAUAUAAAUAUUUUAUUUAACAUACUUGCUUCUAGUAAGUUUUUAAGUCGCUGUAAGCUUUUCAAACUAUCACAGAUGCGAGAAAGGGAAAUAAUUCAACUUUCCAACCGUGAAAGCUAAGUUUGUACAUAGUUUACAUACGAAGUGAAAUAAUAAGAUAUUUGCAAAGUUUUAUUUAAAGCGAUACAUUGUCUACAAUAAUAUUACACAACUAUACAGCAACUGAAAUACUAAAAACAUGUAACAGCUGUUUUCUAGUCAAAGCAAGGUGUAAGGAGGCAUCGUACACAAAAAAUAAUUACGGCAAAUCUUGGGAGUUUAAACCUCACACGGAUAUCAUGAGGAAAUAUGGGAUUUUUAAUACUUCCCAAGUUAAAUUUUGAUAUAUGCUUGUUUUUCUCGUUUCCUCUUUGAUUUCUAGAGCUUAUUUAUGACACUGAUCAGAUUCUUAUAAUUUCAUUCUUUAGCUUCACCAUUGAUACAAAACGAACAUAAUAAAACCUUCCAGAAAUAUUUUUAAGGAGGUUCAACUGGUGUAAAAUACAUAUAUUCAUAUAAUUCAAUUGGUGUAAAGGAAAACAUCAAUCUAAGCACCCCAGAAAAUUUCUUCAACCAAAAGUCGGUAUUUUUUUGUUACAGAAAACCAUUCUUAAGUGCGUAAUAAAAAAAAUUGACCAAAACAUGGUGACAAAACUAUCGACCACAUCACACAAAAUUUAAUCAAUUAUAUAAGAUCACUACAAAAAUUUUCUAAAAUUUAGGACUUUUUAUGCAAGUUAUGAAAAUCUGAAAAUAUGCACUUAUUCUUUUUAAGAAGGAGCUUCUUCUACUGUAACAUGAGUUUCUAAACUUUUUGAAAACGUUGGAUCUUCACCAAAUUGUCGGAGCCUACUUAAACUGAAUCUUUCUAUUAGUUGAUACACCCCAGCUUUUGUAACUUAAUUGAAG